UUAGGGCGAUUCAAAAGCGAUUCACUGUGCACAGAGCUUGAACCAUCCCCUCGCUGCAGACGACCUUCUUGCAAGCUCCGAUCGAUGGAUCUUAAUCCCAAUAAUCUAUAUGAUUAUGCCAAUGAAAUGAGCUUGGGUGAUGAGGUGCUAGUAGAUAUGAUAGACACAACGGAUGAUGGGAAAAAUAUUUGGGAUAACUAUUCAGAAGAGAAAUUCAUUUUGCUGAUGAGGGAAGAGGUUAGGCAAGGAAAUCAUACUUAUGCAACUUUUAACAAUGUUGGAUGGAGAAACAUAACGGAAGGAAUGAUGGUUGAAACAGGCCAGACAUACACCAAUAAACAACUUAGAAGUAAAUUCAACCAAUUGAGGGCAAUACACGAGGAUUUCAAAAUUUUGUUGUCUGAGACGGGUGUGGGCUAUAAUGCUAAGAGUGGAAUGCUUGUAAUGGAAGAUGAGAGAUGGGAAUGUUUGACAAAGGUUCUUAAAUAUGGGAAAAAAAUUUGUAAAAAAGGUUGUAAGCAUUUUGAGAAGUUGUCUGCCAUCUUUGGAGACACACAUGCAACAUGAUCUCAAGUCUAUCCUUCUACUAGAUCUCACACAACGUCACAUGUACCCACAAAUAUGGCUCACAUUAAUUCUCUUGGUGAUACUAUCAAUGAGGAAUGAAAUGAUGUACAGGGUAAAGAGAAGACUCCAUCACCUGAACCUUGACGUAAGAAAGCUAUGAAAGAUAGUUUUGCAUCCACAAUGUCUGCAGUCAUGGUAACCAUGAUUGAGAAUUCAAAGAGGAAAGCUGAGGCAAUAGAAAAAGCCAUAGUUGCUACCUCUUCCAAUCGUGUAGGAUCCCAUGAGGCAGAUGAUUGUAACUCUCCCACCCAAAGGGACAAGGAUAGGGAAGAAGUGCAAGAUUGCAUUAAGGUUAUGACUAAUUUGGAUAGACUUGAUACUGUCCAUUACAAUAAGGCCUUAGUGAUGUUCCAUGACUCACCAUUGUGAAGGGAUAUCUUUCUUAGCAUUCCAGAUGAUAGGAAAGUGGGAUGGGUGAUGGGCCUGUAAGGAUUUUUUUGACGUUCUUGGUUGAUAGACUUCUUCUGUCAUAUGGUUGUUUUAAAACUUAGAUGACUAUAUAACUGCUAUUUCUUUAUUUUUCCGGAUGACUGUACUAUAUUUAAUUUUUUUGUUGGAUGACUGUACUAACUGCUAUGUUUUAUGUAUUUGCUGUCUAAAACUGCUAUGUUGACUGUUGUUUACUUUUGCUUUAA